GUGAUAAGUGAUUGGCCAAAUUUAAUAAAACGCUAGGACGAUUCUUUGUGGAAUCAGCUGAUUUUUACACGGCUACCUGUAUCAUUUUUAUCACCCAAAAAAACGUAAACAAAUAAAAGUACAUUUUUGCUAUCGAUAUAAUAAGCCAUGUAAGGUGAAUUUGUUGAUGCAGCACCAUGAGUUUGAUCAAAAUGAAUUGUUCUUGAUUAUUAAAGAGGUCCUGCAAGAGAAACUCCCUUUUUCUACUGAGCAAGAUCUCAUUCAAUAUUAUGAGAAGAGAAAUAAUUUAUGCACAAUUAAAUAAUCCACAAAAAGGAAUAACUGAUAUUGUCACUAGAACAAACAAUUGUCACACAGACACCAGGAUGAGAAAGUAUUAUCAAGCUGCUUUGCUGAUUACAGCAGUGGUGAGCUUAGUAUCACUUCUUUUUUACCGUCACGAGUACAACAGAUUGCGAUAUGUAUUAGAGUACUUUGACUACUUUGGAAAGCCAAGUCAAGAGGCAAGCAAAGUUAAUUGUCCAAAGGAAAAGGUAGAGAUCGAGAAGAUAUAUGUGGGACUGAACGAACCACUUUCAGCGUGGCAGAGAAUAGAUGAUGAUCUGUAUGUCUAUUCGUCCUAUGUUACAAACAACAGGAAGAUUCAAACCAUUAGUUAUGGGAAGCUGACUAAUCCCAACUUGGAUUGUAAUGUAUUUUUUGAAGACCUUUUGACACCUAUUCCUGGAAUAUUCUCAUUCACAAUCAUUGGGAAUACAAGUGAUAUACCAGGAAGAACUGCUUAUAGAGGGUAUGGUUUGAUCUGUGAAUACACCGAAAAUAUGAUACCUGUUGGCGUUACCUUCCAGCCAAGAGAUCAAAUACUGUUCAAUGCAAAUAGUCCAUUGUUAGCCGUGAAGAAUCAGGCAAAAUCCUUGACUUACAACGGUAGUGCUUUGUGUAUUGUGCCACCUCUGAAUAUUCCUAUAUCUCGCUCUGAAAUGAUAAGUUUUCUCAAUUUUCACGAGUUGGUUGGUAUGAAUCAUUUUGUAAUUUAUGAUUAUGGCAUCCCAAAUGCAUUUCAUAAAGCAAUAAGGAAAAUGGCACAAGAUUCUCAUCCCAAGUGGAAUUUUACAUAUGAAGUGGUGCCAUGGAACUUUCCAAUAAGGGAAAUUCAUCCAAACGUUAUAAGAAAUAUCAUUGAGGCUGACUGCUUGUAUCGCACAUUUAACAAAGUUAUGUAUGCAGCCACUGUUUCAUGGGAAGAGUACAUAGUAUUGAAAUACCAUCAUGUAGUUUCUGAUUUGCUGAUAGACUUUGAGAGAACUAAAAUGUAUGGAAACCGUUACGUCGUACAAACCCAGACAUUUUGCACUCAGCAGAAAGAUGAUAAAAGGUCAACGAAUUCUACCCCAAUCAUCUUACGAAAAACUUUAACUUCUCCAAAUGCUCUUGAUGCGAAUCAUCUUUAUAUCUACAAGCCACAUGAAUCAUUGAAUGUAAAAAAUAUCAAGACAUUGAAAACUGCAGCUAAUUUAAUCAUUGUCAAUCGUUAUGUAUCUUGUAAUGAUUACAAUGCUAAUAAUGUUGAAUCCAACAAAUAUGAACCAUCAAUCCUUAGGUUUGCUGGAGAUAUACAAAGUUCUCCAAUAUACAGAAGAUUCAUUGCUGGGAAAAUGUUCGAUUUUGAGUGAACCAUAAAAUACCUUUUGAACAAAGUUUAAAAAAUUGACUGGACCACCAUAACAAUGUGAUAAACACCAUAUUAUAAUCUAAAAAAUUGUUAUAUUUGCAAAGGUUGUAAAGAACUUAUGUUGAGAUUAAUUCACAUUACCUAGAAGACUGUUAGCAUGGUGAUAGUAUUUUUUGUUAUAUAAUUUUACAACAGUAAGUCAAUGCUAUAUAGGCUGAAGUAUACAAGUCAAAUUUGCCAUUGAAUAAUUUAAAUAUGUCUUGUAUCUGCUGCUAUGAUUAAUUAUCAAUUUUUGGAAUUAAGUAGAAUAGAAUUUUUA